AUGACCACAGUUUCAAAGGUGGUGCUCACCAGAGAAGCUGGAAUUUGCUAUGCAGCCAUUCCUAUGGUGAUGGAUUAUGACUGCUGGAAAGAGCAUGAGGAGGAAGUUUCAGUUGAUAUCGUCAUGAAGUCUCUGAAUGAAAAUUCGAAUAAGGCUACCAGUUUACUUCUCCCUGCAAUACUUGUUGCUGAAUUGGCUCGAUAUGACCUUCCAGCCUCCAUUGGCUACAUUGUGAAAAAAAAAAAACUGGGAAGAAGAUAUAUUAUGUGGGCCAUUCUGAGGGAACCCUUACUGUUGAAGGCCAAGCUUUCUUUUUAUGGCAAGAACAAGUACUGCACCUGUUACCGGGUCUUGGCUGUGAGCUUGGAGAAGAAAAGAUGGAGGAGGGUGAAAGUUGCAGGCAGUUUCAUGUUAUUCUCCACCUUACCCAAAGCUCAGAAAGUCAAAGCUUUUUUUGCCUUAGCUCCAAUCCUUUACCUUAAGCACAUCAGAAGCCUCCCAUUUCUCCUGCUUUUGCAGCCACCCAGGCCAUUGUUAAGGAGUCAAAUUGAUGUAUAUGUGGCACAUAACCCAGCAGGAACGUCUGUUCAGACCAUUCUCCAUUUCUCUCAGGUUGUUCAUGAAAUUCAACCACCAAUAUUGCAAGCUUAUGACUGGGGGAGUCCCAAAAAGAACUUGGCCCACUAUAAUCAGACAAUUCCUUCAACUUACAACUUAUCAAAGACAAAAGUGCCAACUGCAUUGCAGAGUGGUCUAAAAGAUUUGUUGGCUGACCCAAAAGAUGUCUCCAUUUUAAUCCUCAAAAUCCCCAAGAUGAUUUACCACAUGAUUCUGCCUUCAUUUGAUCAUUUUUCUUUUGUUUUUGGCAUUCAUGCACCUCAAAGAAUUUACUAUGAAAUAAUCAAGAUGAUCAAGGGAACCCCAUAA